AUGUCAAGCUCUGAGCCAGUGAUGAGGGAAAACCAGACCCUCUGCACACAGUUCACCUUUGUGGCUUUCUCCUCUCUAAGUGAGCUACAACCAGUGCUCUUUGUAAUCUUCUUGGCCAUAUACUUAUUCACUAUAUUGGGAAAUUUGUUGAUCAUCUGCCUAAUCUGGGCAAGCCCUACACUCCACUCCCCCAUGUAUUUCUUUCUGGCAAACCUAUCCUUCCUGGAGAUGUGCUAUAUCACCAGUGUGGUUCCUCAGAUGCUGGUGCACCUGUUGGUGGAGCCCAAGACCAUGAGUGUGGCACGUUGUGCAGCUCAGAUGUAUGGUUUUGCCAUCUUUGGGCUAUCAGAGUGCUGUCUACUGGCAGCCAUGGCUUAUGACCGCUUUGUUGCUAUCUGCUAUCCAUUACGCUAUACAUUAUUGAUGAGUCCUCGAGUCUGCCUACAAUUGGCUGCAGCAUCCUGGACUACAGGAAUGGUUAUGGAGUCAGCCCAGAUCACCUGGAUCUUCACUCUCCCCUUCUGUGGCACAGGACAAAUUGAGCACUUUUUUUGUGAUGUUUUGCCUGUGGUGCAAAUGGCCUGUGUGGACACUUCUCAGAAUGAGAUUGUGCUGUUUUCUAUUUCUGUGCUCUUCAUUUUGAUCCCCUGUUUGCUAAUUCUCUCCUCCUAUGCCCGUAUUGUCAUGGCCAUUUUGAGAAUGCCCUCUGCUGCUGGCAGGCGCAAAGCUUUCUCUACUUGUUCCUCCCACCUCCUGGUUGUCUCGCUCUUCUAUGGUCCAGCCAUCUUUACCUAUCUUCAACCCAAGUCUGCCCAUACUCCAGAUACAGACAAAGCAACUGCCCUCAUGUACACAGUAGUCACUCCUGCACUCAAUCCAGUCAUCUAUACUUUAAGAAACAAAGAAGUGAAAGGAGCCUUUUGGAGAAUAACCAAAAGGCAUCCUCCUAGCCAAGCUGCCUAA